AUGAAGGUUGCAAUCAUCAUCUAUUCUUUAUAUGGACACGUUUAUGAGCUUGCCCUUGCCGAGAAGAAAGGCAUUGAAUCCGCUGGCGGACAAGCUGACAUUUAUCAAGUUCCUGAAACUCUUUCACCCGAGAUUCUUGCAAAGAUGCAUGCUCCACCCAAGCCCGAUGUUCCCGAAGCGUCGACUGAGACGUUGCAAGAAUAUGAUGCUUUCUUGUUUGGUAUUCCAACUAGGUAUGGUAAUUUCCCAGCUCAAUGGAAAGUGUUUUGGGAUAGAACAGGUAAAUUGUGGUCUCAAAAUGCCUUGAGAUAUAAAUAUGCUGGCGUGUUUGUGUCAACUGGAACACCGGGUGGUGGACAAGAAACUACGGUUAUUAAUAGUUUGAGUACAUUGACACACCAUGGUAUUAUUUAUGUUCCUUUUGGGUAUGGAGACCCCGAAAUGACUAAUUUGGAUAUUGUCCAUGGUGGUUCUCCAUGGGGUGCAGGAACAUUUGCUGGUGCCGAUGGGUCAAGAAAACCAAAUGAAUUGGAGUUGGGAAUAGCUAAACAACAAGGACAUGAUUUCUACCAAGUAGUCACCAGGGAACCCAGAAAAUAA